UUUAUGAUGGCCCGGUGGCCUGCUACAGUUACCAUUAAUACAUGCUUAGAACUAUUAUCAGAGAACCGCAACGACUCCAAAGAGUGCACUGAAAUUGUUUUCGAGAACAACGAAGGAAUAAUUAUAAUAGCAGGAAAUAAUGGAGGUUUGUAAAACGUCCAGAAACAUUCCACGCCGCGAGACUAGUCUAGUUCCGCGUGGCUGGUUUCUGGACCACACACAGGCAGCGUCACAAUGACAAUGUGGGUUUCCCCCGCACGAGCGUCAGCAGAGACUAGUAGAGCAGGAAGCGCGCGCGGUACGUCCCCUGUAGAGGACGUGGGAGCGGCUGCAGUGACGGGUCGCAGCUGAGCUGGUCAGGUAGCGGAGACCUUGAUUUCAGUGAUCUUUCACCGGCCCGCGCUGCCAGCGGCUCCUCCUCCUCCACACGGCGAAGUGAACACACUGAACACUGACUGACUGUCCUGCGCGCUUUCGUUCGCAGCUCCUUCGCUCCGCUCUCCUGAGAGGGACGCCAUGGCCGAAGCCGUGGUUGUGGAUCUUGCGCACAGCGUCUGUCCCCAGGACCAGGACUGCGUGCACAAAUGCGUGGACAAAGUCAGGGCCAUGGUGGUGGAUGGUAACAGGUACACGGUGGCCUGGGUCAUGACUGACAGAUAUGAGAAUGAUUCCACUGACAGGCGCUUGAGUCCCGCUUCAUGCCUCCGCGAGAGCUUCGUCGCUCAGAAUGGCGGCGUUCUCAUCCUGGAGCAAGGCUGCGUGGUGUCUUCCUGGUAUCGCUUUAAACAGACUCUGGACGAGCUGGACCUGAGCGCUGUGCUGGUCAUCGCGUCCACCCAGAGGAAGGCCGUCCUGCAGGCCUACCAGGAGCUGCUCUUCACCGCCGUCUACCGUUUCAGCUACGCUGAGGCCUUCGACGACUGUCUCUGUGCAGCAUGCAGAGGCGUCCUCGCCUGCGGUCUCCAAACACACAUCAAGGAAGAGGUCGCCGGCUUCCUGAGCCAGUUGCCUGCCAUCGGUGGGGUCAUUUCCAUCCUGAGGUCCCCUUUAAUCCCAGACAACUUCUCGCAUGGCUUCACCACCAGGACUGGAGGCAUUUCCUACAUCAGCACUCUCCGCUCCCUGAACCUCUUCAGCAGCUCCAGGCGACGGGACCCCAAGACGGUCGUCGCGGAAAACCUGCGGCGCCUCGGUCUCCAGGCCGGCUUCGACCCCGCGACUUUCCACCUCGUAAAGACUGAUCACGCCAGCGAUGUGUGGGUGAUGGGGAAGCCGGAGCCCGAGAGCUACGAUGGAAUCGUAACCAACCAAGUGGGUGUGGUCAUCGCAGCCCCCGGAGCCGACUGCAUGCCGCUGCUCUUCGCCGACUCUGUGGCCAAGGUUAUUGGUGUGGCUCAUGCAGGCUGGAAAGGUACCUUGAAGGGGGUUGCUAUGGCAACAGUGAAUGCCAUGGUGUCGGAGUUUGGCAGCAAACUGAGCGACAUCGUGGUGGUAAUCGGUCCCUCCGUGGGACCCUGCUGCUUCUCUCUGGAUCGAGAGUCGGCCGAAGAGUUCCACGCCAUACACCCCGACUGCGUCAGGGCCAGGGGCACGGUGAAGCCCUACAUCGACAUCCGGUUGGCCACAAGAAUUCUCCUGCAGCAGGGCGGAAUCCUUCCUCACCACAUCCAGGACAACACUGUUACCGACAGGCCUAACGUGACCCUCUGUACUGCCUGCCACCCUGACGCCUUCUUCUCCCACGUGCGUGACGGCCUCAACUUUGGCACGCAGAUCGGCUUCCUGUGGAUAAAGGGCUGAUGAAAACUCAUAGCGUGAUGUGAUUAAUGAUGACGUGAACUUCAGACGGGGUGUUUGUGACGCGCAGACUGACGCGCAGACUGACACGGACCGACUGACUCAGAAUCUAAGACCGCAUAAACCUCAGUAUGCCUUUACAGUAAAACCACUAGAGAAUACAGACUGGCCUCUAACGGCUCUGCCUAAUGCUCACGUGUUUUGUCCUUGAAAUC